AUGGCUCCAAGCAUGAGAGACCUGCAACUCACUUCCCUGGGGCGCCUGAAAAGAAAUUCAGGCGACAUGGAAGAGGUCAGGCUCCUUGAUGAUGAAGACGAGCGGGAAAUAGAUGAAGAGCUAGGGAUAAAACGGGAGAAAAAUGUUCAGCUCAGAGUGAUUGGUAUGACCUGUGCUGCUUGCUCCAACUCUGUAGAAUCUGCAAUAUCCAACCUUCCUGGUGUCUCUCGAGCUUCGGUUGCCCUUUUGCAAAACAAGGCUGAUGUUAUAUUUGAUCCCUCAAGGAUCAAGGUUGAAGAUAUUAAGGUUGCUAUUGAAGAUGCUGGAUUUGAUGCAGAAGUUCUUCCUCCUGUUCAUCUCAAAGUACCAAAAUCUCAAGCCACUCUUGUAGGGCAGUUCAGAAUUGGAGGUAUGACUUGUGCAGCCUGUGUUAACUCAGUCGAAGGUAUCUUGAGAAAACUUCCUGGUGUAAAACGAGCAGUUGUUGCCCUAGCCACCUCAUCAGGGGAGGUUGAAUAUGAUCCCAAUGAUAUUACUAAGGAUGAAAUAGUUGAAGCCAUCGAGGAUGCUGGUUUUGAUGCCUUAUAUAUACAAAGCAAUGAGGAAGAUAAGGUUUCCUUUCGGGUUGCUGGGUUGUUUAGUGAGGUGGAUGUACAGCACAUAGAUGGCAUGCUUAAGAGCAUAAAAGGAGUGAAACAAUUUUUAGUCAACAGAAGCUUGGCAGAGCUGGAAAUACUUUUUGAUCCUCAAAUCAUACAUUUGAGAUCUAUUGUAGAUGCCCUUCAGAAAGGAAGCAAUGGAAGAUUCAAAGCUAUUCUUCAUAAUCCUUACACAAGACUUGCUUCUAAUGACAUGGAAGAAUCCAUAAGUAUGUUCCGGCUUUUCACAUCCAGCCUGUUUCUCAGUGUGCCCGUGUUAUUCAUAGGGGUUAUUUGCCCUCACAUUCCUCUUAUAUAUUCUCUACUAGUACGGCAAUGUGGGCCCUUUCGGAUAAGUGACUGGUUGAAGUGGGCAUUGGUGACUCCUGUUCAGUUUAUUAUUGGAAAACGCUUUUAUCUGGCUGCCUACCGAGCACUGCGAAACAGAUCGACUAACAUGGAUGUAUUGGUUGCACUUGGAACUUCAGCCUCUUACUUUUAUUCAGUGUAUGCACUUCUUUCUGGUGCACUCACCGGGUUCUGGUCCCCUACCUACUUCGAGACAAGCGCUAUGCUGAUAACAUUCGUGUUGUUUGGAAAGUAUUUGGAGGUUGUUGCAAAAGGAAAGACUUCAGAUGCUAUAAGGAAGCUCAUGGAACUUGCUCCAUCGACAGCUUUGCUGCUUGUCAUUGAUGCAGAAGGAAAAUGUGUUGAAGAACGAGAGAUAGAUGCAUUGCUUAUCCAUCCAGGUGACAUCCUGAAAGUUCUCCCAGGUUCCAAGGUUCCUGCUGAUGGUGUUGUUGCAUGGGGCUCUAGUCAUGUCAAUGAAAGUAUGAUUACUGGGGAAUCUUCCCUUAUUUUGAAAGAGGUGGACUCAUCAGUUAUUGGAGGAACUAUGAACUUACAUGGUGUCCUUCACAUAAAAGCAACUAAAGUGGGAUCUAAUACCGUUUUGAAUCAAAUAAUUUCCCUCGUUGAGACAGCCCAGUUAUCAAAAGCUCCUAUACAGAAGUUUGCUGAUUUUGUGGCGAGCAUUUUUGUUCCUACAAUUGUCGCAAUGGCAUUGCUGACAUUGCUGGGAUGGUAUAUUUGCGGUAAACUUGGAGUAUAUCCAGAGACUUGGCUACCCGAAAAUAGCAACUACUUUGUAUUUGCACUUAUGUUCGCCAUAUCAGUUGUGGUGAUUGCAUGCCCCUGUGCACUUGGAUUGGCUACCCCAACUGCUAUCAUGGUUGCAACAGGCGUAGGGGCUAAUCAUGGAGUUCUUAUAAAGGGAGGAGAUGCUUUGGAGAGGGCUCAGAAAGUUCAGUGUGUUGUCUUUGAUAAGACAGGUACCCUCACGAAGGGGAAACCUGCAGUUACAAGUGUUAAAGUUUUCUCUGAAUGGGACCUUGGAGAAUUUCUCACUCUAGUUGCUUCUGCAGAGGCUUGCAGUGAGCAUCCAUUGGCAAGGGCUAUAGAGGAUUAUGCCUAUCAUUACCAUUUUUUUGGCGAGGCUCCUACGAGUAAGAAUGUCAUACAGAGCAAGGGCUCGAAAGCCUCAGGAUGGUUGCAUGAAGUCGAAGGGUUUUCUGCCAUGCCUGGGAGAGGCGUGCAGUGUUCAAUACAUGGUAAAAUGGUUUUGGUUGGUAACCGUAAACUGCUCUCUGAGGCUGGUAUAACAAUACCAUUACAGGCUGAAACUUUCUUGGUGGAGAUGGAAGAAUGUGCAAGAACAGGCAUUCUUGUUGCAUAUGAUGGAAUUCUGGUCGGUGUUCUGGUGGUAUCAGAUCCUCUUAAACGAGAGGCAGCUGUUGUCAUAGAAGGUUUAAAAAAAUUGGGUAUUGAACCAGUCAUGGUAACUGGCGAUAAUUGGAGGACGGCGAGAGCUGUUGCUAGAGAGGUGGGUAUAACAGAGGUGAAAGCAGAGGUAAUGCCUGGUGGCAAAGCCGAGCUCGUGCGCUCCCUCCAGAAAGGAGGCACCACUGUUGUCGCCAUGGUCGGUGAUGGAAUCAAUGACUCCCCCGCCCUCGCGGCUGCCGAUGUCGGCAUGGCCAUAGGUGCUGGGACUGACAUAGCCAUAGAGGCGGCUGACUAUGUCUUGAUGAGGAGCAACCUCGAAGAUGUAAUCACAGCCGUUGAUCUCUCAAGGAAGACCUUUGCUCGCAUUCGAUGGAAUUAUGUGUUUGCAAUGGGAUACAAUGUUUUUGCGGUUCCUCUUGCAGCUGGGGUUUUAUUCCCAUAUUUGAAGUUGAGGUUGCCUCCAUGGGUUUCUGGGGCAUGCAUGGCUCUUUCAUCUGUAAGUGUUGUUUGUUCUUCUUUGCUUCUGAGGAGGUACAGGAGACCUAGGCUCACCACCAUUUUGGAAAUUACUGUUGAAUAGUAGUGAAAUAGGUUCAAACCCAUCAGCUCAGCUGUUGCAACCUUGAGGUAGGUUGGUGGUUUGAGCCGUAGUUACCAUUCAUAAUGAAAAAACAGAGAAUUUAGUAUGUAGAAAUUUGAUUCGAUAAGUGGGCUUUGUGCGAUAGGUCACCUUGAAGGCAAUUCUUGUUGCCACUUGUAAUCUUGAGGUCAUCGGUUUUGAUUCCCAUCAAAAGGAAAAGAAAAAAAGAAAAUGAUGUUUCUUGUCUA